UUUACCUCCUCCCGGAGCAGUGCCACAUAUAUCUGUGCUAGGGGAAACUUCACCCAAAGCCACUUACUUAACACAGUUCCGUCCAACGUCACAUUAGAGCAGACAUGGACCACAUGAUCAACUGGAAGGCGUUGGACAAUGUCCCUCUGCUCUUCUACAUCUUGGCAUUGAAGACCCUGGUCUUGUGCCUGGGCUUCGCUGGAGUGAAGAUCUAUCAGGCUAAGAAGGAAGAGGCCAAGCUGAAGAUACAGAGGGCAGAGCAGAGGAGGAUAGCGGAGCAGGUGCAGGAGCUCCUGGAUAACGAGCUCCUGGACAACAAGAAGGAUGACUGACCCGGAGGAACAAGGGAGAGUGUGAGGAGAUGAAAGGAAAUACAGUAUGUCACCUGACCAGACUGGGGACCUACAUGCUCCAAGGAUGGGGCGGAGCUCUGAUUGGCUGGUCUGGGGAGGAAGUGUUGAGAAUGUCUAGUUCCUGUUGGACAGUACUCACCCAGAACAGGCCUGGGGUCCUGGACAUUGCUGCGGGUGUCAUUAUUUUUUUACACAAACUUUUAACUUCAGAGCCACCAGUUGUUUUCUAAAUAAAUACUUUUUUUUGUACCUCUA